AUGCUUCGUGGACUGUGGCCACGUGCGCACCACGAUGUCGACCGCGCCGACUUUAACUGCGCGAGGCCGUCCGCGCCGGCUCAAACUGCGCGAGGAGCUGCGUUGCUCUUGAUGUAUGCUGUUGUGAGUGUGCUCGUGCAUGGCGUGCUACAUGCUUGGCGGCGUAUGGUAACCGCGAUGCUGGAGGUUUUGCGCCGCGCGGUGGCGUGUAUGUCGUCCCAAUGGCAAGGGCGGGCUCGGCGGUCGCGCGCGCCUGACCGCAGCGCAUGUCGUGGUACUGCCUUCGUUGUCCAAGUCAAGCUAUGUUACGUGGCAUCCGUUUGGACACGGUUACGUGAAUGUCAGUUUCUGCGUGAAAAAGUGCGAUCAGGGCGAGGGCUGUUUUUGGCUGUCGGCUACGUGACGUUCGGGCUAGUCGCUUUGGACAUGCUUGCAGGGCAGACUAGGAGUGACAUCAUCGCUUUGCGCGCUGGGGGUGUGUUUGCAUUGGCGUGGGCACUGGCACGCGAGACUCAUGUGAGGUCCAGUCGCGGCUGUCGUGCUCUCUCCGUGCUCGUGGUUUGUUGCGAGGGCUGGCUGACAGGCAUGUCAUGGUUAGUCGUGUUGAUGUGCGGGUCAUGGGCGUGGUUCGUGCCAACAUUCGGGCGAGAACCGAUCCAUUCAAGGACUGCGUCGGUGCCCGUCGAGAUCGCGGGUUUGCUGUUGUCCGUUCUGGGCGAGCCGGAUGAGGUGGAGAACGUCCUUCGUCCAGAUUGGGUGCAGGGCUGGGCCGGGUGGUGUGAACUCGAUGCCAGCGACGACGCUAGUUGGCGCCACGUGCCUGCCAGCCCGCGCCAGGCGAACAAUUGCUUGCUAGAUGGUUUGUUGUUAACGUUAACGCGCGCCAACUGCGCGCCAUCGUCAUUGCUCAACGACGAGCGCGAACGCCGCGACGCGUGCGCGGCAUGUCGGCGCAUGCUGGUGCAAUCUGCGGAUACAAGAUUGCGACCAAGACAACUUUCUUGCUCAGGCUCAGGAACCAUUCUGGCGGUGACGGAGGCAGAACACAAUGCAGCCUAUCUUCAAGGUGACAUUCAUGGCCCUACUGCUGUGCGCUUCGUUCUGGAGCGCUACAACCACCGCGCCGUCACUGUGGGCUCAGUACGCAGUACUGUAUACACGCGAUACGAUUGCCCGGCGCUGGAUCCGAGCAAUUUAAGUACCACCGUGCAGGUAAGAAACGACCUGAACGCGGCAGCGCUGCAGUUGUCUCUUUUUUGCCACAUGGAUGCAGCUGGCAACAGCUACCAUUACGAGGCGUGUGACAUGGACAUCGACCCCAGCUCGGACUCGGGCGUGUCUGUUGCUGGUGCGGCGUGCCCCGAACGUGUACCUUGUCUGCAUGGUCUGCAAGCAGAUUUGCAGGCAGCGCGCCCCACCAUAAACACUGUGGACGCCGAGCGUGUCUGGCAGUCGUGGGCCAACGAGGCGUCCCUGGGCACGAGCCUGAUGACCCUGCCUCAAGCCGGGUUGUCAUAUGGGGACUCGGGUCUGAACGCUGCAGCUCGCCUACAUUUCGGUCCUUCCAUUUUACGCGAGCGAAAGGCGAGCGCCAGCUCGCGUAGGCUGGGUGGGGACCAUGGGCUGGCCCCGCCGCGGACUGGUGUUUCCGACACUGCUCUCGAUUUGGACGCGGCGGCUUCGUCCGGUGGCAGGCAGCGCCUGCGUUUCAAGCAGCCGUCGAGCGCGUACGCGGUGCCGGAUCAGCUCGAACGCGAUGAGUUUAUUGUGCGCGCCAUGCCGGCCACGCACAGUCCGGAUCCGCGAGCGGGCUUUGAGGAAGAAGUGGCACGCUUGGCGCAGAGGUUGUUGAGUAAGCCGUUAUUGCCGAUGUCGCAGCAAGCAGCGGCCGUGCGCUCUGGGGGAGCGGUGCUGCCGCCCUCGUGCCAUUGCACUUUUAAGACGUGCGGAUGGGAGGGUGACAGUGAGCAGAGCCUGAAGCAGCAUUUGCAAGCCUCUCAUAAGAGCGACCUGUCUGCGGCUGCAGAUUGCUUGCGGCCGUCAGGCCCGCGGGGUGAGAUGCUGUACGCGUGCUAUGCAGCCGCAAUCAGUGUCAAGUGCCAAGCAGAAGCUCCCUUUGCGUGCGCCAGCACAGAUCGCCGAUGCUUGCGUGAAUGUCACGCGGCGCUGGGCGACCCGGAGUUGUGCACGCUCGUAUGUUUCGUGUGCGCGCGGCGGUUUGCGUACACUGGCGGCACUGGCAACGCAGAGAUUGCCUGGCGGAGGUUGGGCGGUGGAUUAGGGAAAGUUUUGGGUCGGUCCGCAGAAGAGCUAGAAAGGCUCCUGGGCCUAGAGACGUACUCCAAGCGAUGUGUGGCGGAACCCAGGUCUGGACGCAGCAGCGCGUGGCAUGCAGGAAUACCUGCUUCAAUGCCGCGUCUUGUGACCUGCGAGGCAACACCGGUGGAUGUUUUGUGCUGCCCGGAAGACAUACGCUGCCAAGUCUGCGCCUGCGACGGACACGACUUGUGUGAGCGCUGCGAGGCGCCGCUGCGCACGUACUGGCGCGUCAUGGACGAGCUUGCGCAAAGCAAUGUGCGCCGGAUCGCGGCUCCUGGCAACGCUACAACGUUCCUGCUUCCGUGGGAACACGUGCUGACGCAACUGCAAAACCUCGAAGAGGCCUUCCGCAACGUGUCGAUAGUCGACGUGCGCGAGAGGGCGGUUCUGCUGCCGGAAAACGGUGUUCCCGACGCGGUGCGUGUGUUGCUGCCGUACGACGAGGAUCUGGAUUACCUCCAGCCGCGCAAGAACGCCGCGCCGUCUGCGCCAGAAGAAAGUUUGGACAAGGUCGAGGCACGAAUGCGCCAUCUGAAGCCGAACGCAGUGGUCCUGGAGAAGUCUUGCGCGCCCGAGGGGGAUGUCAACGCGCAACGGGUGCACGCAGUUUGCGAAUUAGCCGAGCAGGCCAGACAGGCGGACGCCCCCAACACAUCAGCGCUACGUGUUCAGAGGUUAGAGAUCACAACUGGAUCUCGCGUGCUGGACCAGUUCGAACCGUGGUAUUUUGGGGUCGCGUUUGCAUAUCUUUCGAAGUACUGCGCUGGCCUGCCGGAUGCAGCCGAGUGGGUCGAGAAGCCUCGGUGGCGAAGGACGGAAGACGAGCCGCGUAUUGGACUCAGCCAUUGGGUGCGCAUCAUGGCGAGGCGCGUAGAAUCGCAACUCGGACGUGACUCGGUAUUCGGUUUCGCAACGUGGAACGUCUUGUUUCGCUCGGCUGCGAAUUUGUCACGGACGGUCUACGUCCUAAACACGCUGGUGUACGACGCGCAGCAGAAUAGCUGGACAUACACAGAUAGCGCUGGUCGCAAACAACCGGUGAACGGCGACAUGACGAAGGUCGGCCGCGUCCAGAACUUGAGCUCCACGGCCGUGAAGCUCCUUCGAAGCAUUUCACAGACGGCGCAGCACCUCCCCGGUACGCAAGAAGCUCGCCGACAUAUGCGACACGACAUCGAGGCAAUGCGCGUGCGUUUCGGCUUGCCCGUUUUUGCUACUUUCUCGCCCGACGAAGCCCACCAGUUGUUAUACGUUCGUUUGUGCCGUACGCGAGCGUCCGACCCGGGACGUCUCCGAAGCAGCCGAAGCUGGAAUUAUGAUCCUUCAGCACUUGGAGAGCUGCUGGACGUCAAGGCGUGCAGUGAUAUGGGCUACAUUUUUCACGCCUCUUCCAAUGUGAAUUACGAUUCCAUUGAUGCUCACGGGUUGGUUCUGUCACCGUACUCUCACGGCAUUGGCCAUGAAGAAGGGCGCGUCGGCGUACACUUUGUGUAUGCUGGAGGAGUCACACAGCCUCGCCAUGGUACUGUGAUUCGUAGGGGCAGAGACAUUCACUAUUGGACCGACGAGAUAGACGGCGUCCUCAAGACACGAGAUGAGAACGCCAAGGAGUUUACACGGUUCCUCUCCUCCGUCAACAUGGUUACCUGCAAUCCUUGGUAUCUGUGGGAGAAGGGGUCAACAGGGGAGACUUUCUAUGACUCUCCUUAUGCCAUCAAGUUUGAUCCGCAGCUGAUCUAUAAGAAACUCAAACGAGCAGAGUUCUCGCCCCAGAGCAAGUUUGUCUCUCGCGCGUACAAGGAACUCUCAGGCUAUUGCGCAUUCUUGGAGACAGAGUUCUCUCGUCAGCAUGCCACCAUGGAGUUUGAUUCUUAUGAAGAUUUGCUGCAAUCUACUAAUAUCGCCGAAAGCCUGGAGUCCAUUCCGCCUGUCAUGUCCGAGGUUUUAGGUGCUGUCCUUGACGCCGUUCCUGAAUGGAACACAGCACGUGUGUGCCGCACACCUCGCACUGGUGGGGUAGGCGUGGGCAACCCCUUGGGAACCUCCAGGGCAGUGGACGCGCUCAACGGCGCGAGGACUGUCUUCCAGACUGAGGGACACCAUGCUGUUCUUGUGAGAGAUGAUGAGACAGAAGUUCCUGCUGAGGAACCAGAGCGGGACGACAUCGAGGACUGCACCGCUGAGCCUGGUGACGAAAUCAUCAGUGAUGAGUCAGAAACCGUGGUUGACAUGGAAGAAGAGACAGGCUCACCCACCGGUGAGGUAGUCGACAACUUCGCAGAAGUUUUUCAGUUGCCUACCAUUACUGGUGAGGAAGAUGAGGAGAUGAUCUCAACGGACGUCUUUAGUCCUGCAGAAGUCAUUGAGUUGCAGGCCGACGAUGUUCCCACUCAGGAAAACAAUGAUACCAAUGAAGCCGGCAUUCUGGAUUUUCUUGCAAGCGUUGCCGAGCAUUCUAAGGAGUCAGCUGCCAGUGACAAUGGUGACAUUUUAGACCCCAAUGACUAUGGGAUGGAGUUUUGUAGGUAUCAUCCUCCGGGGUCACCAAUCAGUCCCUGCAUGCGUCCUCAUGCCAAGUAUCACCUCAAUGAAGAAAAGCUUAUCAGAGAAAUCGUUGAGAAGAAGAUGGAGGAAAGGAGAGCCGCCAUGGAACGUCUUGAAAUCAUCAAGAAUGCGAAGGGAAAUCUGUUCUUGCACUUCCUUUCCAAUAUCAGCGCUCACGUCCUGCUUCUGCAAGAGGCCAGCACUAUCCGCCAACUUGAAAAGAACGUGCUAGAGGAAAAAGGAUCCUAUGUGCGCCACAUGGGAGGCGGGGGAGAGGGGCGGGAGAGAGAGGCGGAGGGAGGAGGGGACGAGACAGAGCGCAUGGGUGAGGGGGCCAGAAUCGGGGAGGAGCUGCGGCGAGCAGCUCGCCAGCGGCGGGCUGCGAAAACCAGGAGUUUGGAUGAUGAGUAUGUGAGGUUCGUGCGUGACGCGCGCAGUUCCCUCAGGAACAUCUGGAACGCAUCUCAGUCACCUUUCUUUGCAGCUGCUGAGGUCAACGUGAACCCCUGCAAGCUCAAGUUCCACAGGAUGCCCACAUGGUUGGGCAAAGAAGAUCGCCGGCGAGGCUCUGCGGUAGAUUUUGUGGUCAAAGCUAUCACAAAUGUUCUUUUCCCCAAAAGCGGCUUGGAAGGGCUCCAGGGGAAUUACAGAGCAGCCUGGGAUCCGCAGAGCUCAGCCAAGAAGGGCAAAAGGAGUCCGUCCGUCAUGGCGAGUGCAAAUACGAAUCUAGGCUACUCGGGUGGGAUGUUGGCGAUGGUGUUGGAAUUGGAAGUCGAAGGCGAAAAUGAGGCUGCUCUUGAAGCAGACCUGAAGGUUCCGUCGCUAUUCCGAGUGGAUGGCAAAGUGGCGUUGGUCACAGGCGGUGGAUCCGGGAUCGGUGCCAUGAUUGCCUCUGGAUUUGUGCAGAAUGGGUGUCGGGUGUACAUUGCUUCGCGGAAGGACACUUCCAAGUAUGCCGAAGAUCUGACGGCCAAAGGACCUGGCUCUUGCGUGGCGCUCACUUGCGACAUCAGCAAGCACGACCAGCAGACGAAUCUGAUAGAUUCGAUUCAGAAAGCUGAAGGCAAGCUGCACAUUCUGGUUAACAACAGCGGAACCAAUUUCAACGCGCCUCUUGGAAAAUACAGCCCGGAAAUGUUCGAGAAGGUCAUGCAGUUGAAUACGAACGCGCUCUUUGCAUUGACACGGCUUGCAGUGCCUUUGAUGGAGUCGUCAUCGUCACGAGAGGAUCCUGGCAGAAUAGUGCACAUCUCUUCUGUCAAUGGUCUUCAGCCGCCACUGAUUGACACUUUUGCAUACAGCACCAGCAAAGCCGCCGUAGUUAUGCUGUCGAAGCACCUCGCCGGUGCUUUGGGGCCGCGGCACAUCACCUCCAACUGCAUUUGCCCUGGGCCCUUCAUGUCACGAAUGAUGCGUGGGACGAUCGAGGCAGUGGGUGAGGAGAACAUUGCCAGUAGCACUGCGGUUGGUCGUCUCGGCCUUCCCUCGGACAUCGCAGGUGCUUGUAUCUUCCUUUGCAGCGCCGCCGGCUCCUAUGUGACUGGCACGGAGUUUGCCCUUGAUGGAGGGUCACUGGUAUGCCGAGCUCCAAAGAGCAACUACUGA